UCACCCCUUGCCUCUGUGCUCACCAACCCUGACUACGGCCUCCCGACCCUCGUCACGGCCCUCGUUGGCAGGCUGGCUGUCCUGCACGGUGGGCGCGACGGGUCCGGCGGUGGCACUGCUGCCCUCGCUCGCUGUGGCAGGCGGGCGGUUGUUGGGGGGUGGGAGUUGUGUGUGGGUGGGUUGUUGGCCUCCUCUGCCGGGGCUGUCGGGUGGGGGCGGCUGGUUGGGCUGCUGGUUGGGGCUGUCGGGUGUGUUGGCGGCCUGGCUACCUCUCAGAAAGGCCUCAAGGAAAGGCGAAGUGAGGGUGGUCAUGACCUGAGUCGUGCCCUGGGUGUUGGCGUUGGUGCCGUCGGUGUUGGCGUUGGUGCCGUCGGCCGACGUGCUAUCAUUCUCUGCAUCCAUCAAUCCAUCAAUCAGGCCACACACGCCAUAUCAACACAACACCAUGGCAUACAUAUGACCCGUGACCAACUGAGACAGCAAGUAGUGUGUGGCUGGCUGACUUACCGUAGUCCAGUCCGAAGAGGGUGUGGGCGGCAAAGUCCGUGUGCGUUGGUAUCAGACGCGUGAUGCCGUUGCCGACCCUGUCGGCCAGGUCGAGUAUCGGGGCUAUGGACUGCAUUGUGGCCAACCAGCUGACGAUUUAUCAAUCUCGCUUGUCAGCGGUGGCCUCUCCUCCUUGGUCGUCUCCUUGGCGUCAGUCACUCGCUGCACUGCCGACUUAUCUCUUGGCGGCGGGCAGGCAGGCUGUUUCGUUGCGAAACGGUGCUCACAGACGUGUUGGUAUCGUGUGCACGGCUGUGUGGGCUGGACGGCGGUGGACAGAGAGCGGUCUUGGCGGCGGUGGCGAGGGCGGAGGAAAAGCGAAAGCGUACAGCUUCUUUUUUGCCGUCUCCGUCUCAAAUUGUCGUCAGAAUGGAAAUUUACUUCCUGGCAAGCAGCCUCGCUUGCAGCCCUUGACGUCCGCGUGUGCACAAUCAGUGUGCGCAGGUGGAAGCCACAUGUAUCGGACAUCGACCUGCCCGGCCUCAUGUUGUCGGUAGACGCCACGCGACAUCUGAAUGACUAAGGGAGAGAGACGCUCCCGGCUUUGCUGUGCGCGAAGGCCGCGAGGGAGAAGGCCAUCGUGGUGGUGGGGUGGGAGAAACAGCAAUAAGGUCCACUGACUGACGAAAGGCUUACUGGCGAUGGAUGGAUGUUGAUCUGCUGACCAAUGGUAUGUAUGUCACAUGUAAUGACCGACAUGAACAUCUUCGUUGAUGGGCAAAGUGACAAAGUCAUGCAGCAACAUCCAUCCACACAUCCACGCCAUGCCAUGCGGUGAUUGAUCUCGAUGCAUCCGGUCCACACGUACGUACAUUACAUACACGCACACGUCAAGCCUCUGCCUGCCUCUGCGCUCUACCACAUAUAUACCUCUACAAGCUUGUAAGUAGGGGCACGUCAUCCAUCCCUCCAACCAACCAUCGAUCUGCACACUGGCUCGACCGACUACGGAUCAUCCUGACUGACGUCAGUCAUUGCAUGGGCAAUGUCCAGCACACUCACACACCGGCCAGCCAUCCGAGAGUCGUGGACAGUCGUGAUCGACUCAUCUAUCCAUAAAAGCCAUUCGCAUAACACAACACGUGACAGAGAAACGAUUGAGCCACACACACACACACACACACAAACACUCGCCGACUACGGUGAGGACCAGCUGAGGCGCGAGAAGAACUCCGAUUUGGGUUCACCGCCUCGCUCUGACAGCACCAGACCGCACCACAUGGACGGACAACACGAACAAGUGUCGAUCAAGUAUGCCGUUAGAUACCUGCACUUCGCUCUCCACUCACACAUGGAUGGAUGUGUCUGCGUACCUCUGCAGGUGUGUCUCAUAGGCCGUCUAUGCGCGACAGACUGCUCGCCACGGCCGACAACUCACACUGCAGACACAGACAUGGACCAUCACAGUGGAGCAGCGAAGUGGAUGAGAUGUCGUGUGUCCACCCAGCCAUCCAUCGAUCCCCGCUCACUGACUGGUACAGUACAUCCGGUCGGCUGUGCAGCAGUCUCUCUCUCCGUGCGCGACUGACUCAUCAGCCGACAGCUGCACGAACAACACAGGCAGACAUGGAGAGUGAGCGACGCGGCCUUCCUGCGUGGUGUCAGCGCCAUUUCGUUACCUUCGACUGAAUCGUCUCAAACAGCGUUGCUAUGCGAUGGAACUCAUCUCGAAACUCACCAACGCCGUCAUCAGCACUCACCUGCACGAAACAACACAGAAGGGAGAUCUUCGUUGCGUGUGUGUGAAGUGUGUGGUGUGUCGAAUCAUCGAAUGAAGGAUGGCUGCCCAUCAGUGCCGCUGCUAGGCACUAGUAGGCAGGGCAGACCCGCCACCAUCGCCCUCACCUACACCCGAACACACGCGCGUAGAGCCACCACAUCGGGUGUAUUUUGUCGCAUGUACCUUCUUCCAUGAGUGUGGUGCGGCUCUCUUAUUCUUCACAGACACCAGGCAGCCCUCCCAUCACCACUCGUAUCGCACCGAAUACGUCGAAUGGAUGGAUGGAUGGAAAUCCGUUGCUUCGAAUUGUCUGCCCGCUCCUUUCGUCACCUUCUGCGUAAUUACACCAUCGACAAGCCUUUCCGGG